CACAUUUGAAAUUUUGACAUGUUUGAAUACUGAUAUGUUUUUUUCUCUUGUUAGACAAAACUCUGAGUUUUAAUUUGAAUAAAAAGAAAUGAUGAACAAAAUUAGACCGAGGGUUGCUCCGGAAAUGAUGGGACAAAAGUGGGCAAGUCAGUGGAAUUGAGGUUUCUGAUACCAAACACAAACCCUUUUUUCCUCACUUUCUCCCUCUAAAUUACUCUCUUCGUCUCUCCGCAUUCUCACUUUCCCUCUUUUGUCGUACCUGUAAACUUGCCAAAAAAAAAAAAAAAGUCCUUUUGGUCUUUAAAUCCUCAUUGUUUCAAUUCUGUUUUUCGAGCAAUAUAGCUGGAGGAAUCAAAAGCGAGAGUCUUGGAGUGAGAAUCUCAGGUUAAUUUUCCAUUGAAAAGAGAGAACAAGAUUUGAGAUUCCAUUGUUAAUCUUUGAAUCAAAAUGAGUGCAGCGGCUACAAUGCCCAUGCCCCGAGAAGCGUCUAAUUACGAUGAGAUCUCUAUGCAACAGAGUAUGCUCUUCUCUGAUAGUCUUAAGGAUCUGAAGAAUCUAAGAACACAGUUGUAUUCAGCAGCUGAGUAUUUCGAAUUAUCCUACACAAACGACGAACAAAAACAGAUAGUUGUGGAGACGCUGAAAGAUUAUGCGAUAAAGGCACUGGUGAAUACAGUUGACCAUUUGGGCUCUGUUACGUAUAAAGUCAAUGACUUUGUUGAUGAAAAAGUCGAUGAAGUAGCAGGCACCGAACUACGAGUAUCUUGCAUCGAACAGAGGCUACGGAUGUGCCAAGAGUAUAUGGAUCAUGAAGGUCGUUCGCAGCAAUCACUCGUGAUCGACACUCCAAAGUUCCACAAGCGAUACAUUUUGCCUUCGGGCGAAAUCAAGAGAGGUGGCAACCUCGCAAAGCUCAAGAGUGUUGAAAGUAGUUUUGGUGAAGAAGAUGAGUUGAACCAAUUCCGAAAUGCUGUUCGUUCUACGAUUCGGGAAACGCCUCCACCAGCAGCCCUUAGAAAACCGAUACUUCAGUCUCCGCCUCCACGGAAACCUCAACGUUCAUCAACCUUUUCCUUCUCCUCUAUCUCCACGCAACCAAAGAAAGAACAAGAUAAGCGAGCAGUAUCACCGCAUCGGUUUCCGCUGAUAAGAUCUGGUUCGGUUGCUAUCCGACCGUCAUCAAUCAGCCGGCCAACGACCCCGGUCAAGAGUAGAGCAAUAACUCCUAAACGGUAUCCGUCAGAACCGAGAAGAUCGGCUUCGGUCCGGGUUGCGUUUGAGAAAGAAGCCCAGAAAGAACCAGAGCAGCAGCAGCAGCAACAACAACCAAGCAAAAGCAAACGGCUGCUUAAGGCGUUGCUUAGCCGACGCAAGACCAAGAAGGACGAUACGCUCUACACUUACUUGGACGAAUAUUGAACAGAGAGGCGCUGGUUUUGGACGUCUAUUGGUAAACCGGAUAUUAUAUCCAAUUCUAAGUGCGUUUUUCUGUUACAUAAUAUCAACCAUGUAUGCUCCUGUGAAUUUUUGUAUACCGUACCACUAUCAAAAUGUGAAUGCAAUAUUUUCUUACAAUUUUUUUUGAAAAAUGUGCAAAGAAUAGCGGUCUUCUUAAUUAUACAAACUGUUA